UAGAUUUUAUCGCCCUUGAAUACUCUCUCUCUCUCCUCUUGCUCUUAAUGGAUCCCCCAGACCACGACCCAAAGGACGACGUUUUCGGCCUCUUCAGCUCCGGCACCGUCGCCGCCACCAAUCGCCGUUCAAAUUCCGACCGCCGCUUCGUCGACUCCUCCUCCGAUGAUGAAGAAGACGACAACAUGGACUCCGCCUCCAAGCGCCUCGACUACAUGCUCCAAUUUCUUGACCGCAAGCUCUCCCUCUCCAAUUCCAAUUCUCCAUCUCAAAACGACGCCGUUCCAUCUCCGAACCCUCUCCCGGAGUUUAUCGCCAGAGGCGGCGGCGCCGGCAUCUUCCGCCUUCCCGUCCGAGCUGCCGUUCACCCUCACCGGCCGGUCAGUCUGGAGGUGAGGCCUCACCCUCUGCGGGAGGCUCAAAUCGGCCGCUUCCUCCGCUCGAUCGUCGCCACGACCUCCCAGCUCUGGGCGGCCUCCGAGUGCGGUCUCCGCCGGUGGGAGCUGAGCGAUCUCUACGCUGCCGGGGACGGCUACGACCACGAGGACGCGGUGCCUUUAAGGGAGUCGGUGAGGACGUCGCCGGCACUAUGUCUGGCGGCGGAUGAGGGGGCGAGAGUGGUGUGGAGUGGGCAUAGGGAUGGGAAGAUCAGGUGUUGGAGAAUGGAUCAGAUUAAGAAGGAUGAUGAUAAUGGUGGUUUUAGGGAAGACUUAUCGUGGCAGGCUCAUAGAGGCCCCGUGCUUUCGCUCGUUAUCACAUCUUAUGGAGACCUGUGGUCCGGUUCAGAAGCUGGUGUGAUUAAAAUAUGGCCUUGGGAAGCUGUUGAAAGAUCUCUUUCUUUAAUUGCCGAAGAAAGGCCCAUGGCUGCAAUAUUAGUAGAGAGGUCAUUCGUUGACCCAAGGAGCCAAGUUGCAGUAAACGGGUUCAGUAACAUGUUAAAUUCGGAUGUCAAGUACCUGCUAUCAGAUAAUACUAGAGCAAAAGUUUGGAGUGCUGGCUAUUUAUCGUUUGCGUUAUGGGAUUCGUGUACAAGAGAGUUACUGAAAGUUUUCAAUACAGAUGGUCAGCUUGAGAAUCGAGGGGAUAUAUCAACCGUACAGGACAUCUCUGUGGAAUUUGCUGCCACGUCGAAGAAAGAGAAAGCGCAAAAUUCUUUUGGGUUCUUCCAGCGGUCACGCAACGCUAUAAUGGGGGCAGCCGAUGCUGUUCGUCGAGUUGCAGCAAAGGGUGCCUUUGGAGAUGAUAAUCGAAGAACUGAAGCACUUGUGAUGACUAUUGAUGGUAUGAUUUGGACUGGGUGUGCAAGUGGCUUGCUUGUGCAGUGGGACGGGAAUGGCAAUCGUAUACAAGAUUUCCAUUAUCAUCCUUCUGCUGUUCAAUGCCUUUGUACUUUUGGUAUGCGAAUAUGGGUGGGUUAUCUAAGUGGUAACGUCCAGGUACUUGACCUUGAGGGUAAUCUGCUUGGGGGAUGGGUCGCUCACAGCAGUCCUGUGAUAAAAAUGACUGCUGGAGCAGGUUAUAUAUUUACCUUGGCAAACCAUGGUGGAAUACGUGGAUGGAAUGUCACUUCGCCUGGACCCCUUGAUGGUAUAGUGCGUUCGGAGUUGGCUAGCAAAGAGUUUCUAUAUACAAGGAUAGAGAAUUUGAAAAUAUUGACCGGUACAUGGAAUGAUGGACAAGGGAGAGCGCGUCAUGUUAGAGCGUCUCAUGACUCGCUUAUAUCCUGGCUAGGUUCUGUCACCUCUGAUGUUAGCAUCGUUGUGGUGGGGCUGCAAGAAGUUGAAAUGGGCGCUGGUUUUCUUGCUGUGUCUGCAGCUAAAGAGACUGUAGGUCUUGAGGGGAGUGCUGUUGGGCAGUGGUGGCUGGAGAUGAUAGGCAAAACAUUGGAUGAAGGAUCAACAUUUUAUCGUGUUGGUUCGAGGCAGUUAGCAGGCUUGCUUAUUGCUGCAUGGGUGCGAAUUGAUCUUAGAGCUUAUGUAGGAGAUGUUGACGCUGCAGCAGUUCCAUGUGGCUUUGGGCGUGCUAUCGGUAAUAAGGGAGCUGUUGGUUUGAGGAUUAGAGUAUACGACAGAAUAAUGUGCUUUGUUAACUGCCACUUUGCUGCACAUCUAGAAGCAGUUAAUCGUCGGAAUGCAGACUUUGAUCAUGUAUACCGGACGAUGACCUUCGGGCGGCCAACCAAUCUUUUCAAUGCUGCAGCUGCUGGUGCUUCAUCUGCUGCUCAGAUGCUUCGCAGCACAAAUGCUGGGGGUGCCUCCUCUGCUGAAGGCAUGCCUGAAUUAUCUGAGGCGGACAUGGUGAUAUUUGUCGGUGAUUUUAACUAUCGACUUGAUGGUAUAUCUUAUGAUGAAGCUAGGGAUUUUGUGUCACAAAGAUGCUUUGAUUGGCUCAGAGAAAGGGAUCAGCUUCGAGCAGAAAUGGAAGCUGGAAACGUCUUUCAAGGAAUGCGGGAGGCUGUCAUUAAGUUUCCUCCCACAUACAAGUUUGAAAGACACCAAGUUGGUUUAGCAGGAUAUGAUUCUGGAGAAAAGAGGCGCAUUCCAGCUUGGUGUGAUAGAAUACUAUAUCGCGAUAGUCGUUUAACCCCAGUAUCAGAAUGCAGUUUGCAGUGUCCUGUAGUUUCCUCAAUAUUGCAGUACGAUGCUUGCAUGGAUGUGACGGACAGCGACCACAAGCCUGUCCGCUGCAUAUUUACUGUCGAUAUUGCACGAGUUGACGAGUCAGUUAGGAGACAGGAGCUUGGAGAGAUUCUUGGAUCAAAUAGAAAAAUAAAAUGGAUGCUUGAUGAACUGUGCAAGAUUCCAGAAACUAUCAUCAGUACGAACAACAUCAUUCUUCAAAACCAGGAUACGUCCAUCUUGCGUAUCACUAAUAAAUGUGGUAAAAAAGACGUAUUAUAUGAAAUAGUCUGUGAAGGACAGUCUACAGUUAAGGAUGAUGGGCUUGCAUCAGAUCCUUCUCCUAUAGGCUCUUUUGGCUUUCCGCGAUGGCUAGAGGUUACUCCAGCUACUGGUAUGAUCAGACCAGAUCAUAUAGCAGAGGUGUGUGUUCAUCAGGAGGACUUCCAAACACUGGAAGAGUUUGUUGACGGUGUCCCGCAGAACUGUUGGUGCGAAGACACUAGAGACAGGGAAGUUAUCUUGGUGGUCAAGGUGCGUGGGAGGUACACAACCGAGUCAAGAAAUCACCUUGUUCGUGUACGCCACUGCUUUACAACAAAAAAGAAACAGAAGGACGCUGAUCUUGACUCGAGGCAAAUCAAAGGGACUGUCCUCCAGCGAUCUGAUCUCCAACGGCUUAGCAGUUCCCACGAUGUGGUUGACCAUAUAAAGAAUGUGGCUGACCACCUCAGAAGUUUGCACAGUCCUUGAAGUAUCCAACUCAUAAAAUACUGCAACUGUCUCCAAGUCUAAACAGGUUGGUUGAAGGAUCCUCCAGUUCGAUCAAACAUUUAACUUUCUAUGCGCGUCUUGAUGUAAAUACAUGAAAAGUUUCCAAGCUUCACCUUCUGCUUAUUGCGUAUGUUGCCAAUUCGUUUUUGUCAACUCGAUCCCGUGUAAGAUUUGGGCCUGAUUUUAACUUUUCAAGUGUACAGAAAAGGGGCAAAUACACGAAGCAGCAAAUAGGAUUGUACAAGAUUUUGUUUUUUCCUUUCACACUUUUUGCUUAUGAUUUUGACCAGAGUCCCAUUUGAGUGGAGUA